AUGAAGGAGGCAAAGGUGUUGAGCCUCCUGCCAGAGCAGCACGGGCGCUGCUGCGGGGUCACGGUCCUGCACCAGCUGCGCUUCAACUUCCGUGGCCGUGAAAGCAUCGCACAAGCCUUGUACCUCAGUCUUUUAUUGGCAGUACUAGUUAAAGCCUUUCUUCGGCAUAAGCACCAGCUGGUCCGCGCCGCCUGCGGCUGCGUCCUCGCCGAGGGGCUCCUCACCACCACCUACACCGAGGAGGAGCACCUGCGAGAGGUGGCGUAUUCCCAGAGCACUGGCCAGAAAGCGCAGCUGAGCCGCUGCCUGCAGCGAGGGAUCAGGCGGGUCCAGGAUCUCUGUAAAGUCCUCCAGCUCCCGACGGUGUUUGAGGAAACGGCGGUGUCGUACUUCCAGAGAGCUCUGCAGCACCCCUCCUUCCACCUGGUCAGUCUGGAGAAGAAGGAGCUCCUGGGAGGCUGCUGCGUCUUUGUGACUUGUCGACAGCACAACUGGCCGCUGACGAUGGGGACGAUCUGCUCCCUCCUUUAUGCAAAGCAGGACCUGUUUGCCGGCGUCUACCUGAGCCUUCAGAAGGAGCUCGGGCUCUCUGUGCCGGCCCUGAGCCUGGGGGAUCUGGUGAAGACGCACCUGAACAGUUUUCGGCUAUUCCAGCACGCGGCCGACGUCCCUGCCCCGUUUGUGGAGGACAAGGAAAAGAUGGUCUCCCGAACGAUGCAGAUCGUGGAGCUGGCCAGCGAGACGUGGCUGGUCACUGGCCGUCACCCUGUUCCCAUCGUCACCCGCCUCACCUGCACUUUCGCACGGUUCUGCAAGCUGGCGGGUGUUGAUCUGCCGCCGCCAGCGCACCUGAGGCUGAAGGAGCUUCUCGAGAUCCUCCUGAGAAUGGCCUCCCAGCUCGCGUGGCUGAGGGUGUUUAACAUGGACAAGAAAACAGUGGUGAAGCACAUCGGGGACCUGCUGCAACACCGAAUUUUCCUGUUGAAAAGCGCUUUCUGCAUGGAGGAUGAGGAGGAGCAGCAUGGCGCAGCCCCGGGCGAGGGCUCCCCCAGCUCUCCUCCGGUGGCAGAAAGGGCAGUGCAGGAGGAAGGCUGUCCCUCGGAAGGGAAAUGCCAGCAUGAGAGCGGCCCAAGGCCCUUGCUGCCGCCCUGCCUUAUCAAUCCGAGGAAGAGACUGCGGACAGCAGCCCCGAGUGCUUCGGACUCUGCCAUCACCGGCGACGAGCCCAUCUCCGACAGCGAAAUUGAGCAGUACCUGCGGGGCCCGGAGGAGAUCCGGGCCUUCAGGAAGGCCAAGGCCUGGCCAUGA